AUGGCUGACGGUCAAGAAAAUUAUAAGAACAUUGAAAUAUGGAAAAUAAAGAAAUGGAUCGAGGCUCUGGAAGCUGCUAGAGGAAAUGGUACCAGCAUGAUCUUCCUGAUCAUACCCCUUUUUGAUCAAAUAUCUCAGGUCACUAAAAUGCUUGCAGAAGAGUAUGGAACAGCUUCAAAUAUUAAGAGCAAGACAAAGUGCAAUUGCUGGAGUGAUUUGCUAACGAGUACAGAAACUUUGCCUGUACACUUGAGUUUGUCACGAACAAUUCUCAAGAGGGAUCACAGUUCUGCCGAGGAUUUGGUGGCAUUGGGGGAAUUCUUCGCUACCAAGUUGAGCAAAGACGACAAAAUGUUCAAGUGCUUGAAGUUGCGUAGCUUGCAGUACCUCUGA